AUGGUUUGGUUCCAGAAAGAAAUUAGGUUGAGUAGGAGCAGAGGAUGUCAUCUGAUCACUGAAGAUAUUGAAAAAAUUGAAGAGAUGGAGAAAGUUGAUGUUGGUUUGUGCAAUGUUUUAGUUAAGCACACAACAGCAAGUCUCUGCCUUAAUGAAAACUGGGAUCCAGAUGUAAGGGCAGACAUGGAAUACAUGUUGAACAAACUUGUUCCUGAGACAACAAGGUUCAGUCACACUAUAGAAGGACCAGAUGAUAUGCCAAGCCAUGUGAAAUCAGCUUUGUUGGGCGCUAGUGUAAACAUCCCCAUCACCAAUGGCAAGCUGAACUUGGGGCAGUGGCAGGGACUGUGGUUUUGUGAGCAUCGAAAUUACGGAGGAGAAAGAAAACUUCUUGUGACCAUUCAAGGCAAGGCAAAAUGA